AUGGAGAUCAAUUUUAUUGGGGACGACUACGGCCCGCUGUUCUACUACCAAUUCCGGUUGAUUCUCAUCGGCGAUUCGACCGUCGGCAAAUCGAGCCUCCUCAAAUAUUUCACCGAGGGCAAGGUGGCCGAGAUCAGCGACCCCACCGUCGGCGUCGACUUUUAUGCGCGGAUGGUCGAGCUGAAGCCGGGGUAUCGCGUCAAAUUGCAGCUCUGGGACACGGCCGGCCAGGAGAAGUUCAGGUCGAUCACCCGCUCCUACUACCGCAAUUCGGUGGGCAUAAUGCUGGUGUUUGACGUGACGAGCCGCGAGAGCUUUGAGCAUAUCCAGGGCUGGCUGAACGAGGCGCAGAAUAACGUGGGUGGACCCUGCCCGGGACAGUCCGUCUUCCAGAUCGUGCUUCACGAGGAGGGCGAAUACUUUGCCAAAUACCACAAGAUGAAAUACAUCGAGACCUCGGCGAUUACCGGCGAAAAUGUGAAUGACGCGUUUUUGAUGAUGGCGCACGAGGUGCACGCGCGUCUCGAGUCGGGCUACCUUCGAAUCCAAGACGGAUGGGAGGGGAUAAAGAGUGGAAUAAUGGGAACGAGAUCAAUCUAUCUUUCUGAGGAAGACCUACGCGACGAUACGCCCUCAAAUUCAUGCUCCUGC